AUGGCUGACGGUGAAGCUUUUGAGGAUGAUCUGUUCGCAGAUCUGUAUACCGAAGACGAUGUCGCGCCAAAGGUCGAGCCUACCCAUGUGAAGGAAGAUCCACCUGCUGUUGUUGAGCCAAAGCUGGAAGACGCUGUGGAACAACAUGACCCAAAUGGGAAUAUGGAGGUACAGACUUACGAUGCUGAGCCGGACGAGGAUGAUGAUAUAGACUUCAAUCUUGGUAAUGGUAAUGGAUACGAUUCCCCAGCAAACCAUGACGCCCAUGGGCCUGGAAUCAAAGAAGACGGGAAGAUGUUCAUUGGUGGAUUGAACUGGGAGACCACGGAUGAGUCAUUGAAGGAAUACUUUUCACAGUUUGGUGAGGUCUUGGAGUGCACAGUAAUGCGAGAUGGCGCCUCAGGUCGAUCACGAGGAUUUGGAUUCCUCACAUUUAAAGAUGCUCGCACCGUCAACAUUGUGAUGGUAAAGGAGCAUUACCUUGAUGGCAAGAUCAUCGACCCUAAAAGAGCGAUUCCUCGAGAUGAGCAAGAACGCACGAGCAAGAUUUUUGUCGGUGGUGUUAGCCAGGAAGCGACAGAACAAGAUUUCAAGCAGUACUUUAUGCAAUUUGGUCGGGUUGUAGACGCAACGCUUAUGAUGGACAAAGAUACUGGCAGACCUCGAGGCUUCGGGUUCGUUACAUUCGACAGCGAAGCGGCUGUUGAGGCAUGUCUCGAAGGUCCUCUUGAAAUCCUUGGGAAACCGAUUGAAGUUAAGAAAGCUCAGCCACGUGGCAAUAUGCGCGAAGAAGAAGAAGCCCGUGGGAACAGAGGAGGAGGAGGUGUAGGGGGCCGUUUCCGUAAAGGUGGUAACGAGGAGGUACAACAUCAACAGCAAGCGCCGCAGAAUGGCGGGGGACAGAUGGGCGGUGCGGGUGGUAUGACUCCGCAACUAAUGGCACAGUACUGGCAGCGAAUGCAACAAUAUUUUGCAAUGAUGCAAUCACAAAUGGCUAUGGGUAGAGGCAUGCCUGGGAUGCCUAAUGGGAUGAACCCUCAGAUGAUGCAGCAAAUGAUGCAAAUGCAACAGAUGCAGCAGAUGCAGCAGCAAAUGCAAGGCGGUGCCGCUGCCGGUGCUGGUGCCGGUGCUCGAAGUCAGAGCCCUCAGAGUCCUGGGGGCGCUAUGGCAGGCAUGCAAGGCAUGAACCCUCAGAUGAUGGCACAAAUGCAGCAAAUGCAACAAAUGGGGAUGCAAGGUAUGGGUGGAGGUGCGAAUAUGGGAUCUGGAAAUGCUGCUGGAACUAAUCCUGGAGGUCGGAUGGGUACGCCUGGUUACAACGCCUAUGAGCAACAGAUGUUCGAGCAGCAGAAAUACGAACAGCAACAACAGAUGAGACGAGGUGGUCGUGAUCAACAGUAUGGUGGUGGAGGAUAUGGUAUGGGAGGCGCAGGUGGUCCAACUUCAUGGGAGGGCAUGUAUGAUGAUGUCCCGCAACCAGCAGUCCCAAGUGGAGGGGCUAGUCGAGGAGGAUUUCAGGGUGGCAGGGGAGGAUCAAGUGGAAGCAAUCGCGGCUCUGCACCUCCACAAAGUGGCCCAGCCAGUACCCCACCAGCUGGUGCUCCAACCGGUCCAAAGAAUGCUGGUAAACCAGGUGCGAAUUAUCGUGGUGGCGGCAGGGGCGGACAGCGAGGAUUCCACCCUUACGCUAGGGGUUAA